UAUCCCUUGCAACCAAACAUAGCCUCAUUGCGAACCGUAGAGACUUAUAGAAACUGCAGCAUAAUUAAGUGUGAAUCAUAAUAUUUAUUAAGUAUGAUUCAUAAUAUUGCAAGCACUUCAGGAGUUGAUGUGAAUUUUUCACCCACAUUCGGGACGUUCUUUCUAGAGAUGCCGAGGGCAGACCAAACUAUAGAUUCCCUUAGUGUUCUUCCUUUUCCCCCUACUAAUGGCAAUGCCGAAGGUGGGAGGAUAGGGAGGCAGGUGGUUCUUCUAUUUUGCUUGGAUAUUGGCUGUAAUUGUCUUUUCCUAUUUUGAUUUUAUGAAAUAAAUUUUAGCGAAAAAAAAAUCAUAAUAUUGCACUAAGCGAUUGUUGUACGCAACUCAUAGGACCUUCUUUUUUUUUUCUCCCCAAAGGGGGAGUAGGGGGAUGGGAAUUGGGUUUGUUGUGUUACAGAAUUUGUUGUUAAAAUUUAAUUAAAACACAUCAAACAGACACAGACACCCAUACAUUGACAUAAAUUCUGUAAAGAUGUUCUGUUCUCACCAUUGAUUGGAAGCUACCUACUAUCCUUCUCCCUUAGCUCCAUGGCAAUGGACUUGAAUUCAGUGCUUCAUUCAUUGUUUCUGACUGUCCUCUACCCUUUCCAAACCUCCCUCCUAGUGACUCUUGAUUACCCCUUAAAACAUUUAAACCUCCCUUCUUAAUUUUCAAUAGCAUCCCUUCUCCAUUAUAGAGAGAGAGAGAGAGAGAGAGAGAGAGAGAGAUGGAAACAGCCGAGUCCAUGUCCAUGGGCUUACACCCAGAUGAGCAUCCACCGGAACCGGAGACAACAACCAACGCCGGUGGAAGAAUCAUUCCGACGAAAGUGCCAUCCUUCUCAGACCUCCCUUUAUCUCCAGCUCGAUUCAGCUUUUCUCGGAGAGGACCACCUUCCUCAUCACCACUAGACUCCAUAACAGAGUCUUGUGUAAUGAUAGGUAACAGAGGGAGAGAAGCUUCAAACUCAAAGCCAUCCUUCUUCAGAAGCAUCUCCACCAAAGAACCUUCCUUACCACCAGAUCUUUCCUUAUCCCCUGCUCGAUUCAGCUUCUCUGGAACCACCUGCCCACAACCUCUUCUCACACCUUCCCCUCCUCCUUCACCUAGACCACAACUACCUCUUCAUCAUUCUCUUCCUCUGACCCCAACUGUAACAAAGCUCGACAAUUUCCAAGUUUCCCAUAGAUGCAUCUCUUCCACUCUCAAGAAGGAUGGGCGGUUACUAUCCAUGGGUGAAUUCAAUGGUGUCGUGUAUACGGGUUCGGAGAAUAACUGUAUUCGGAUAUGGAAGCUACCCGAUUACACCGAAUGUGGUCAGUUGAAAACCAGAGCUCACAUGGUUUGUGCAAUGGCGGUUUCUAAAGAUCGGGUUUUUGCAGCCUAUGCCGACUGCAAGAUUCGGGUUUGGAGACGUAGCUGGGAUGGUAUCCCAACCCAUGUCCGUAUUGCUACUAUUCCCAAGAUCGGAAGCUAUAUUCGGAACUACAUCGCCGGCAAGGACAAGAAAACGAUAAAGCAUUUGGGGCCCAUUACUUCGCUGGCGAUUCAUGAGGCAGAUGACCUCCUCUACUCAGCUUCAGUGGACAAAACAGUGAAGGUAUGGAGGAUCUCAGACCUCAAAUGUAUCCAGACCAUCCAAGCCCAUCCUGAGCCAAUCAAUGCUAUCGUUGUAGGCGACGACGAUGGCAUCCUCUACACGGCCUCCGACGAUGCCACCGUCAGGGUGUGGCGGAGGAAUUUCUGCAGCGGCGGCGAUCGGCAACAACAUGCGCUCACUGUGAGCCUCUCCGCUAAGUACUCACCGGUAAAAGAUUUGACCCUUGUCAGGGAUGGUGGGAUCCUAUAUGGAGGUUGCACCGAUGGGUACAUACAUUACUGGUUUAGGGGUUGGGUUACAGGCCAAUUGCAGUAUGGUGGGGCCCUCAGCGGGCAUAGCCACGCUGUCAUGUGCCUUGCCAACGUGGCUAAUUACGUGGUUAGCGGGUCUGCUGAUUUGACAAGUAGGGUAUGGGCGAGGGAGCGAGAUGGGCAGCACGUGUGUCUGGCGGUGUUGCAAGGUCAUAGGGGACCUGUUAGGUGCGUGACGGCCUUCCUAAACCAUAGGGGAGGUAUGUCUGAAGAUGGUGAAGAUCAUUGCACGGUGUGCACGGGGAGCCUUGAUGGGGUUCUCAAGGUGUGGCAAGUCAAGAUCUCCGGUAAAACCAGUCGGAAUUCCACAGGUGGAGGUGGAGGUGGUGGUGGUGGUGGUGGUCAAGAUUACUUUGAUCUUUAACUUAACAACUAGUAACAGAAACGACUGCCUCUAAGCUUCAAGUUUUUCUCUGUUAAUUACUAUGUUUGUGCCUUAGAAACCACGCAAGAGAAGAUUGAUAUAUGAAUCUGGUUCCGCUACAUGUACGUGAAUGCUGCACGUACCCUCAGAGGUGGUCAUAUGUCCCAUCCAUUACUUUUUAGGGCAUAAAAGGGAUAAUUUUUGGGGUAAUAGAAAAGAAAUGUAUCUGCAGCUUCUAUUUUUUGUGAAUAGAAAAUCUAACGAAUUUAAAGCUUUUUGCCA